CUGAUCUAGGUAUUGGAUACUACUCCUCUACUCGUUUUCCAUGAGGAUAAGUACGGGUGCUCAUCACCUCAUAUCUCUUUUUCACUUACUCAGUCUCAUCUCAUACUCUUUCUUUCGUUCUUCAUUAGACAUUCCUUCUGUCAUCCAAAAAAUAGUUUAGAAGAGCUGUGCUCAUCGAGUCAUCAUAUCAUUUCUUGAAUAUUCUUCCGUCGAUCUUGAAGUAAUCAAAAAUAUCUGGAGCCGGCUCCUUCAUCAAAAUUUUAAUCCUAGUGUUUUCGUAAUAGACACAGACCAUCUACCGCCCACUAUCGUUUUACUCAUAUUUCUGUGUAAGUAAAGGAUCAAAUACUAUCCGAGCACACGUGCUACUAUGGCCUUGACUGACAAUUUCAUCUAUACAGUCCGGUAGCAGAUAUGUCCUUUGAUUAUUCUUCAUUCUCAUUCGAGCCAACCACUCCUCCACAAUUUGCAUUUGAAGAGACUUUAACUAGUGCUCCAUUCAGACUUGAUCAUUCUAGAUCAAGUUCACAAGUGUCGAUGUAUUCUCGAUCCUCGUCACCAUCUGAUUCUAUCAGUAUUACAAGUACCCGGAGGACGACCCCUGCGAGAUCACCAAUUAGACAACAUGGCCCACUUCUUCUACCAAAAAUCCGUCCACAAGAUCAGGAGAUUAGUGCCUCUCCCUCAACUUCAAUGAGAGUAACCAAAUCUUCAAAAAAGAGUGCUGCUGGCCAUGCACUCAAACAUAAUAGGAGUUACACGAAUCCCGAGAAAAUCGUGUUUAACUCUGAUAUCUUCCCUUCCAGUACUCGCCCAAUGUCGACUCUUUGCUCGCCAAUGCAUGCUGUUCAGUCUAUUGAAAGUCAACAUAGACGUUCCUCAAGUUCUAGUCUCGAUGGUCAAACACUAGGCAAAUAUGGAUUCCCAACAUACCGUCAAAUGCCAAACUACAUUCAACAAUCCCCAAAUCUGUCAGUUAUGGAAUCAUACUCACCACAACCACACGAGCGCUAUCCUACCCCUGCACGUGAGCCAUCUCCAUUAGCUCAAAGCAUCAACAUAGAUGACAUCACCCCGACCCAUCUCGACAAUGGUUCAACCACCAACCUCGCCACCUACCUCACCUCUCAAAACCCAGCUCCAGCUCUCGUCCGUCAACUCAAUAUCCAUGUUCGCGAUACCAACGCCAAGCAUUUCUGGUGGGAUAUCCGACAAAUUCGACCCUGGACCUCUUUCAACACCGACACCAUUUCCUCCAUUCCUGGUUUCCACAGCCUUCUAAACUUGAGUCUCCCAUCCAAUAUAUUCCACCAACCAUCUCGCGCCUGCUCCAACCCAGAAAACGAACAAGAACUUCAAAAUAUCUACACCCAAUUCUACGCCACAAAAUUAAACCACGCUCUUUCCAUUUCUCAAGGAACACGCCAUCUAAUGAUUCGUGCAUCAUCAGCCAUGGCUCAAAAAUCCGGUGAUCCAUCAUACAUCUCCAAUUACACGGAUGAUGUUUCCAAACUCAUCUACGGACGAGGAUUAGGUCGCGUCGUCGGACUCGUCAAAUCAUUCGAUCGCUGGAACACCGGUAUGCGCGUCGAAGGGAAUCAUCGCAAAGUUGAAUAUCUCCGCGGUCUCGCCCAUUUACACAAAUGUAUGCGAGAAAACAACUGUCGCUACGGAUUCAUCAUGACAGAAAUCGAACUUGUCGUAGUAAGAAACGGCUCAGAAAGUGUCCCCCACUUUGGUUACCUCGAAGUCCAAACCAUCCAACUCGCCGCUCACUCUACUCCUCCUUGUACUUCCACUUCCUCAUUCCCUCAACACGAAACAUCAGAUUCAAAUGCUUAUGAGAAACCUCUUAAAAUGACAGCACUACUUGCUCUAUGGUAUCUUCAUAUGUUGGCACGUGAUGAAAUUCUCCCGGGACAAUUGGGUUGGAAGACGGAGAUUGGAGCCCCGGCUGAAGGGACCAGGAGGAAGAUUUUACCGAAGGAUGACUGGAUUCCUGAACCGCAGUUGGCGGAGAAGAGGGAGGCGAAGAGGGGGAGGGGGUGGGUUUGGCCUGAGGAGAGUGUGGGGAGGAAGGAGUUGGGGAAGAGGGGGUUAGGUAUUAGGUUUGGGGGUCCCUUUUGAGGGGUUGGGUUUGACGAGGGGUGGUGGAGGGCACUGGAAGGAUGGAAAAGAAAUAAAAUAGAAAAGUACGGGUAAGUUAUCUUUAGUUCAUCAACGCAUAUAUUAGGAGUUAGGUCAGGUUAUGUUUGGAAAUGUAUUUGCAUCGGAUUGGAGUAACACAAGGAACGCAAAUGAUGAUAAUUUAAUGGUUUAUGCAGGCGUAUCGGGGUGUUAGAGUUUCAGUUUUUAAAUAUUUUUAUAUAAAUAAAUAAAUAA